UGUUGGUUGAGGGAGGACGACGCACUAUGGGACCAACCAGCAUUUUUUCCAUCUCAUAAACGUUUGGGACAAAAUUUGUGUUGCUGAUGCCAUUUUGAUGAUUUUACAUUCUUAAAUGAUAGAGCUAUACGAUAUAAUAGUAAAAACAAAUUUAAAAAAGUUUUGGGUAUAUAAAAUUACACUCAAACUUUAGACUUUGAUAAUUUCUUGUUAACUAGACUUCUCAUUAUGGAAGUUCAACUUGAGAUAUUUUCUAUGUUCUUCAAACAAAAAUAUAAGUAUUAUACAUUUUUGGAUUGCCCAAGAUCUCUUGUUUACAAGUAUAUUAUAUUUUUAUAAGAAAUAUUUUUUCUGUUUUUUUAAUAAAUUUUUAAAUGACUAAGAAAAUUUUCCAUCUUUUUAAUUUUCAAAUUGAGAUUUCAUUGUUACCGAUGGCUGCCGAUGUUGAGUUAAUGACAUUUUAAAAUACCUUACCUAUUUAGAAAUACAGGGAAAUAAAAAAAAGCUGCGUCAUUACUGUGCUAUUUUGAGCCAGAAGCAAAAAUGUCGGCCGAAAAAUAUUUUUACCUAUUUUUUUUUGCGGUAAUUAAUUUAACCACACCUAUGAUACAAAACGUUUUGCGUAGUUCUUAUCUAUUGUGGUAAUUAUAAUCAAUUUGGGUGUGAGAACGGUUUUUAUCAAUUUUCUCAUUAGUUUUGCACAAGUCACUAAAACUAGGGUCCUAUAAAGACAUAAGUUUUCGUCAUGUUCAUCAAAGUGUCCAGAUACCAUCCUUCAGUAACUGCGAAUUUGCUGAAUAAAAUUUAAAAUGAGUGAAUUCGUUUGUUUUCGACGCGAUAUAUGUGCUCAAAUAAUAAGCGGAAAAAGUACUUCAGAUAUUGAAAAAUAUCUGUUGGACAAUUUCCAUUUAUAAACGACAGAAGUGAAUGCGGUUAUACAAAGUAUACAAAGGAAUUUGAUUACGAUUUGUUACCAAAAAUGGGCGAAAGCUCAAAGAAAACAAGAUCGCUUUGAGAAUCAAAACAUAAAUUGGUUGAAUGUUGAAUGGAAUUUAAAGUACUAUUGCCUUCGUGCAGUACCUCAACAUCUGAAAAUUCUGACUUAAAUACAUCUGGAGAUCGUAGUAGACCAACAAAACCAUAUGAAGCGUGUUCGGAAAGUACAAGAAAACGUAAAAACAUGGAAUUACUUCAGGAGUAUGGAAUGGGGCAUGUGCAUUACGCUUAUGUGCAAGGUUUACGAUCUAUGGGUGAAAAUGAUGAAGCUUCGAUUGUGAGUAUUAUGAGAAAUACAGAAAAGGAGGAGAAAAAAGUAAUUUUAAGAAACAUUUUACGAAGUUCAGACGAUGUCCCUUUCUAUACCAAAGAAGAAGCAUUGUGUAUAUUUAUUGAAACCGAUCUAUCUAAAGCUCAAUAUUCCUACCUGAGGCAGAGAUUUGUUGAGAAAAUCUUAUUUUCUGUAUUUCCAUCAUACCAGAUUUUGGAUGAAGCAAAGAAGGAUUAAUAACCGUAACGUUUGUAAGUGCCAAAGUGAAUCUUCAAGAUCUCUUAGAUCACACUGUCUGUCGUAUUUUAAAGAUUGACUCUGUUUCCAAAAAUUUCACCCGUCUUAAACUAUAUAGCAAAUGGAGUUGCGAUGGAUUCUCGGGACAAAGUAAAUAUAAACAAGUUUUACCUGAAGAAAAUGAACAAAUAUCGGAUGCUAAUAUGUUUAUAGUUUCACUUGUGCCAUUGAAACUAGUGGAUGAAGAAAGUAAAGUUGUUAU